CGAUGAUCCCGCCCUGCCGGCGUCGCGACCAGCGUCGCGAAGGCCAUGGCCACCAUCGCGCUGCUGGCGCUAUGGCCGUGGCCGCAUCCGGUGCUGGGUGCAUACUUCCCCUCGUACAACAUCGAAGAAACCUGGCAUUCGCCCCUGAUGCAGCCUUGGGAUCCGAUGAGGGCCAUGGAGGGAAGCAUCAUGGUGACCUGGAGCCCGGGCUGGAAUCCCUGGUGCGCCGUGGACCGCUACGAGCUCCAGGUGCGAAGGCCACGAGGACCCCCGAUGCGCUUUGCUGACAUGGAGUCAUUGAGGUAUAGGGAGACCGAUACCGAUGAGCAGGAGGUAGAAACUUGGCCCGGCGACGGCGAAUGGGGCGUUUGGCAGACCACUUAUGUGGGCGUAGGUAGAGCCUACAUGCUUUGGGUGCCCAAGCAGACCGCUCACGCAGCACAGUUUCGUGUCCGCGCCUGUGGAAGCUCCGAACGCAUGGGCUCCGCCACCGGUUGUAGCCCUUGGAGUCCCGUUCAGACGGCGUACACCAUGCUCAGUGCUGCCCAAGACAAGGUCAACUUCAUGGUGCGGGGCAUGGGGAUGAAUGCGCCGGACUACGUUCACAUCGAGGUGAAUCGCCACGUGGUCUACAGGCGUCGAGAUGAGACGGGCCUGGUGCUGGCAGUCUUCCGGCGGAUGGAUUUCUCCCUGCAGUGGCUGAGGACCUAUGAUACCCAUCGGAAUCGCACCGAGGCCCUGCAGAUGGCUGAACACAUCCGCUUUUACAACGCCUCCUAUUUUAUUGUGGUGGCCUCCAGCAUAGCCUGGGAGUGGCAAGCGCCACGGACGUUGGUUCAGACCAUGGAAUUCUGCGGAGCCUAUCACUUCGGGCAAUGGGCCUAUACCUUUGCGGAGCAGGUGCAUUAUCGCUCGAAUACCUCGGACCUGCAGCAGACAGCGUCCCAGGAGCAAUUCGGGCAUCCCUAUGCCUUUAUUGGCAUUCCGGGCAUCGGCACAGCUAUGGGCUUUGAGUCGUUGAUGUACAACACAGGGCACUACUUAGCGCGAUCCGUGAAACCGCAACAGGCCAUCAUCAGAGGCGUGGCCUACUAUGAUUAUGUGGCACGUCUCUAUCGUCUGCAAGAUGUCACUGCGACAAAGGCCACCUUUUUUGCCAAAGGCCAACCGCCUUUGCCUGAGACCUUUCACAAUCCUGUACCAUCGCGGAAGAGUCCGACGCUGGAUUUCUUCACCUUGGCCUCAAUGGCGCCUGCAUACGUGCCGUACAUUGGCACUCUGCGGGAGCACAUCACCAAGCUCUUGGAGGCCAAUGGCACGGUGAUGCCGUACAACUUGGCCUUCUACUUGCAGACCGACGCCAAAGUUCGAAAGGUAGAUCCGCGGCCAAAAAGCUGGUGGGUCACGGAAUUGGAGCGCCUUUGGGGUGGGCACAGCAUGCGAUUUUGGCAUCACAAUGCCACGAUCCUCAAUCAUGGCCUUCAGUUUGAAGAGAGGAGUUGUCCCAGCUUCGUGAAACACAGCCACCUCUUUGCGGAUCCCAUGUCCUGUGGACAUCUUUUCCAGGAUUGUUGCGAUCGCGUGGACGUUCCGGACUUCCCAUUGACCGAGUGUGGCGUGGGCGUCUCCCCCACACUCUGCCGAAGUGCUGAAAUUCUCCAGGAUGACUGUCCGGGCCCCUUCGAGCUCAUCAACAGGACCUCCUACGUGAAGUGGCCCUGCGCAUUUCGCGUCAUCGAUUGGCGGUCCUAAAAAAACACCUUGGAAGAAC